CCGUUUGACGUACUCCGACAUUAGCUGCUCACUCACGAAGAUGAAGCUGUCGUUGAUUUUUGUCGUAUUCCUGUGCGUUUUCAUCGUUUGCUCCGAAGCUCACCGAGGUUGGUGGCGCCAUCGUGGCUGGAGGCACCAUCAUCAUGGCUGGAGGCACCAUCAUGGCUGGAGGCACUGCCAUAACAGAAUGCGCAUUUUGAAAGAACAAAUAAAGGGCUUGGAAACCAAGUUGAACGACUGCAUGUCACCAACAACUACCACUACAACCACUACAACCACCACAACUGAAGCGCCAAUAACAUAUCCAGAUUGCGUUCAACAAGGUGGCAAAUGCGAUACAGACGUUAACUGUACUAACUACGACCCACCUAUGAACGGUGCUUGUCCAGGAAGUUACACUUGUUGUUCUACUGGUUAACAAAACGUAAAUAAAAAGUCCAGUACAGGUCGAAAUAAUGACAUUCGCCGUGA